CUUCCCCUUCUCAGCCCUAUCUUUUCUCACCUCAAUUUUUACCCCUCGCCUCGCAUCGCAUUCCCUUUCGCCUGGUCUUGCCUCGUGCCCAACGACUCGCCGCAAUCCAGCUCGCCUCUUUGUAGGCCCCUAUCGCGACACGUCCCAGAGCUGGUUCUCGCCUAACCGUUCCUCACCGCUCUGUUCUCCCCAGAGACAAGCGACUUUCCUUCGUAUCCAUCAUCGAUACCCUCCUCGACCGAACCCCUCGGCCACCGCCCCUUACGUCGCCGUCGCCCCAGCUCACCAGCCAUCAUGGAUCCCGAAGGAGCCAGCACGCCUGGCGAGGAACGUCGCACCCAACAGCAGGUCGAUAAUGCCAUUCGCGCCAUCCGCGAGAAGAAGCCGCUGCCCGAGAUCGAUUUCUCCAUCCACACCAUGGAGGAUGGUACCCAAGUGAACACGAUGGAGCGAGUCUGCAAAGACGUACAGGCCCCCGCCAUGUUCACGCCCUCGGACGAACAGUUCUUUGAGGACGAGACCCAUACCAAGCCCGACAUCAACUUUCUCAAGCAGCACUUCUAUCGUGAAGGCCGCUUGACCGAGGAGCAGGCCCUCUGGAUUCUCAGGACCUGCACAGAGCUGCUCCGCGCCGAGCCCAACCUGCUCGAGAUGGACGCGCCCAUCACCGUCUGCGGUGACGUCCACGGCCAGUACUACGACCUGAUGAAGCUCUUCGAAGUCGGGGGCGACCCCUCCGAGACGCGAUACCUUUUCCUCGGCGACUACGUCGACAGAGGCUACUUCAGCAUCGAGUGCGUCUUGUAUCUCUGGUGCUUGAAGAUCCACUACCCCAAGACCCUGUGGCUGCUCCGCGGUAACCACGAGUGUCGCCACUUGACCGACUACUUUACCUUCAAGCUUGAGUGCAAGCACAAGUACUCCGAGGCCAUUUACGAGGCCUGCAUGGAGUCCUUCUGCUGCCUGCCCCUGGCUGCCGUCAUGAACAAGCAGUUCUUGUGCAUCCACGGUGGUCUGAGCCCCGAGCUUCACACCCUCGACGACCUGCGAACCAUUGACCGUUUCCGCGAGCCGCCCACCCAGGGCCUGAUGUGCGAUAUCCUCUGGGCUGACCCAUUGGAAGACUUUGGGCAGGAGAAGACAAGUGACUACUUUUUGCACAACCAUGUCCGCGGGUGCUCCUAUUUCUUCUCGUACCCAGCCGCGUGUGCAUUCCUCGAAAAGAACAACCUCCUUUCCGUCAUUCGAGCCCACGAAGCGCAAGAUGCGGGAUACCGCAUGUACCGCAAGACUCGUACCACGGGGUUCCCCAGUGUCAUGACCAUCUUCUCGGCGCCGAAUUACCUCGACGUCUAUAACAACAAGGCCGCUGUUCUUAAGUACGAGAACAAUGUUAUGAACAUCCGCCAGUUCAACUGCACGCCCCACCCCUACUGGCUGCCCAACUUUAUGGACGUUUUUACCUGGUCUCUGCCCUUCGUCGGUGAAAAGAUCACUGAUAUGCUCAUCGCCAUCCUCAGCACAUGCUCCGAGGAGGAGCUGAAGGAGGACGCCACUCCCUCCUCUACGUCGCCCGGCCCCAUGUCGCCACCUCUCUCGGGCGCCUCGCAAGAUCCCGAGUCGAUCGAGUACAAGAGAAGGGCGAUCAAGAACAAGAUUUUGGCCAUUGGCCGUCUUUCGCGUGUUUUCCAAGUGCUGCGCGAGGAGUCUGAGCGUGUCACCGAGCUCAAGACCGUCUCUGGCGGCAGACUGCCCGCCGGUACGCUGAUGCUGGGUGCCGAGGGUAUCAAGAACGCCAUCAACACAUUCGAGGACGCUCGCAAGGUCGAUCUGCAGAACGAGAGGCUCCCUCCCAGCCACGAUGAGGUUGUCAAGCACCAGGAGGAGGAGAGGAAGGCGGCCUUGGAGAAGGCGGCCGAAGAUGCGGCCAACGACAAGAAGCUACAGCAGCUGUCGAGGAGAUUGAGCACUGACCGUAAGAGAUGAAGACGGCAGCGUUGGGGUAGAGCUAUCUGUGAUAGAGGGCCCGCAGCGGUUGAAAGCACACUAGGGCGUCAGGCUUGGUUUGUUGCAACAAUCUAGUUCAGCUGGGAAAGCUGACAUGCGAAUACACAAUGAACUCAUUCUGCUUGAAGUCUAGUGCUGCCUGGUAGAUGAAUCAUCGUGUCGUGUUGUGACCUAGAGAUGUAACUGCUAUCUGUGUACCUGCUGGCGAGGCUUGUAAGGCUGGCACCGGUCGAGCGGUAGCAGCAACAGCUCCGAGGCGACGAUCAUGUCAAACUCGUGGUUCGCCGAGAGAGCCAACCACUGGAUGACAAGGCCUUCUGGGACAUUUUGCCCUCGUGCUUUGCGCUUCUGCGCGACCCAAGACAGUCAUAGGCGGCGUUCCGUAUUCGGGAGGGCAUAUCCUUGAAACUCGUUCGCUACCAAAUGUAUCUUGAUUAAAACACCCACAACAACA